UGAAUUCUGUCGGCCAUUACUAAUUCAAGCCAAUUUACUACUCACAUGUACAAAAUUCAACUGGUGGCCUUAUCAGACGAUCUGCGCCUUAUCAAACCAUUGCCUCAUGUGCUUCCGUUUCCCUUUUGUUGGGUUCUCAAGAGGAGCAAGGACGAAAGCAAAGAAAAAGGAAAAAUGAAUAAACAUAUUAUGAGAGAUUGGGAGGACAAAAAAUUGUAAGCUUUAGGCUUCUUCAUCUGCUUCAAAGAAGGUACUGUCUGCAACAACAUUGAUGCCUAUGUGUCCGUCUAAAACUAUUAAUUUUUACCAUGUUUCUUGAGUUGAUGUACUUGUAUGUUCUCUUUUUAUUUUAACGAUUUUCGAUUUCUUAUUGAGGAAACAUGAGACCGUGGCGGAGCUAUUGCAUCAUAAUAUGAAGGAAUUUACAGAUUUUCUGACAUUUGAGGAUUAGAAUCUGCAUGGAACUAUCCUCAAGCAAUAUGAAAUAUAUUUGCAUGCUGAAAGGCGAAUUGCAAAUGAUCCUCAAUCUCAGGGAGAUUGGACCCUGAAUAAACAAGCCUGGUGCUUUACUGCUUUCAAUUGAUCUAAGGGGAAAUCGUCUUUCUGGACAAAUCCCAGACGAGAUUGGUGAUUGUUCUGCUUUGACAAGCUUGGAUUUUUCCUUCAACGAGCUGUAUGGGGAUAUUCCCUUUCAAUCUCCAAGCUGAAACAACUAGAAUUCUUAAACUGUACCAUUCCAGUGACUUGGCACAAAAUAGUUUGAGCGGAGAAAUACCAAGACUCAUAUAUUGGAAUGAAGUACUGCAAUAUUUGGGUUUGCGUGGGAACAAGUUGGGCGGAACUCUCUCGCCAAAUAUGUGUCAGCUCAUGGGCCUGUGGUACUUUUGUCUGUUCAGUGAUGUCCGAAACAACAGCUUGACUGGUUCUAUUCCAGAGAAUAUUGGAAAUUGUACAGCCUUCCAGGUUUUGGAUUUGUCGUAUAAUCAAUUGACUGGUGAGAUUCCCUUCAAUAUCGGUUUCUUGCAAGUGGAUACCUUUGGAACAAAAAGAAGCUCGUCGAGUCACACAGAGCGAAGCUUAUCAAAAGAGAAAGCAAGAAAAGCAGCUACAUCAAGGUGUAGAAGAAGUUCCAGUUUCAUAUGAGCUGCUGCAAAACAGUGACUACAAUAACCAGCAGCCUAUUGUUAUUGAGCCACUUCUACAACAGAA